GUUGCACCUGCUGCCUCUUUAUUCAGGAGAAACAGGAUUCCAGCACUGAGGGAGCAUCCUCCACGCAUCAUGGCUUUGCUAACUGAUGCUGAUAAGAAGAAUAUCCAACACAUCUGGGCAAAGUUAUUUGAGAAUCCAGAAGAGACUGGCAAAACAGUUGUGAUCAAACUCUUCAAAGAUUAUCCUGAGACAAAAGCAUACUUCAAGACCAUCCCGACUGAAGGCAACCUGCAGGAGGAUCCGCUGGUGCGUUUCCAUGGCCGGAGAGUCAUGGUUGCCCUCAACCAGGUGGUUGAAAACCUGGACAAUUGGAAGCAGGCCUGCAGGAUUCUGGACCGUCUAGCAGACAAGCACAAGAAUGUGCACCAAGUGCCAGCAGUGAAUUUCCAGAGCAUGUUUCAGGUGAUCCUAAGUGUCUGCAAAGACCUCCUAGGAAAUGAAUUCAGCACCGACGUGUCCCUGUCCUGGGAGAAGCUCUUUGGUCUGCUCUCUGAACAAAUAAAUGCAUCUUAUGUAAGCACUUCCAAGUCCUGA